AUGGAUGCCAAAGAUAACCCUCUAAUUAACGAGAGGGUGCCGACUCAGGAAGACCCGUCAACGACCGCAUCUCAAGGCACAGAGAAACAGGAGGAUCCAGUCCAGCUAGCGCUUCUUGCGACAGGCCAGUCUCAGGAGCUUGAAACUCAUUGUCAAGAUCUCGAGCGGGUCUUGCACAAACGAACGCAGCAACGUGAUGUCUACAAGGCUAGAUAUCAGGCGCUCGCGACGGAAUUGACCAAGCUCAAAUCUCAAGACCAAGGAUUUCCCCAGCUGGAUGAUAGCUAUUUGAUACAGGAGGUGGAGGGUCUACGGGUAAAGAUCUGGAACUUCAGCCUCCAUCACUACGCAGGGGUCGUCUCGGGUGGAAGAAUUAAGUUGGAUUCCAUGCUGAGUAGCUACACGAAAUCCAACAUACGAAGCGAUAUGGACCUCGAAAGCUAUCUGGAAUUUCCUGACUGGCGGCCAGGUAUUAUGGAAGCAUUCCUGUGGAAAAUCAUGGUGAACGAUAUCUUCAACGAGUUCUGGUGGGCGGGUUUCCAGUCGACAGCCGAUAUUCAGAGCUUCCAAAAGUGGUCUGCUACGACGACCAAGUUGAUCCGCGAGUCACAGAAGCGCAACGGACCGCCGUCAAGAGCCAACCGUGAGAGGAGAUUGGAGACGUUGGUGAGCGAAGUCCAUGGCGCAAUCAAAACAUACCGCACCUCGACACGAGGAGGCUUGAUGAUUGCUAUUCGCGAGAUCUUGAAUGAAGCAGUCGCACUGGAUGAAGAGCUCUGUCAACAGCUCGCCCAGUUCGAGUGGGACUUUCCCGGGCCCGAAGUAGAUUUCGAUGCCCAAAAGAUGCAGCUUGCGGAUGGAGAGGCGCCGAAUGCUGAUGUUCUGCCCAUUAGCCUUGUCAUUUGUCCAGGACUCAGGAGGAGGGGCCGAUCCGGCGACUUUGAGAAAGAGGACUUACUCGUCCCGAUCAAGGUCUCUUGUGUCGCUCCAAAGGACCGACCUAAGGAACCUGGUCUUCUCCAAAACUUCUCUUCCAGAAUACAAAGGAUACUAUGA